AAAGUUCUUAGCGAAAUAUCUUCCAAUAAUUAAUUGUUAACAAUAAAUACCAAUUAAUUUUAUUCAAAAAUUGAAAUGGAUAGAGCAAAUCUAGAAGAUUCAUAUACACUUUUACCAAGUGAUGAAGAAAAUGUGAUUAAUAAAGAAAUUGAAAAAGAAGUUAACGAUGAACAUUUUCAAGAAACUUCGCCUCAAUUGUGGCGAAAAAUCGGAAGUGCAUUAUUUUAUGGCAUCACCUCUUUUUUACUAACUGUUGUAAAUAAAACGGUACUUACAUCAUGGCACUUCCCAUCGUUUCUUGUGAUUAGCAUCGGACAGUUGGCAGCCACCGUUAUUGCAUUAUACAUUGCUAAAAUCAUGGGUGUAGUUUCAAUUCCAAAUUUCCACCGAGAAAUACCGAGAAAAGUGAUGCCAUUGCCAAUUGUUCACUUUGGAAAUAUGGUGACUGGAUUGGGUGGAACACAAGCAAUCAGUUUGCCAAUGUUCACAGCGUUUAGACGUUUUUCAAUUUUGAUAACGAUGAUAUUGGAGUACAAGAUUUUGGGCGUUCAACCAUCGUUGGCGGUUCAAAUGAGCGUUUGGUGCAUGUUGAGCGGGACAAUGUUAGCCGCGAUCGACGAUCUAACAUUUACAAUUGAGGGUUAUUCAUAUAUUAUGUUGGCGAAUUUUAUGACAGCCGCUUAUGGUGUUUAUAUCAAACAAAAAUUGAACACGGUUGAUAUUGGAAAAUAUGGAAUUAUGUUUUAUAAUUCCUUGAUUAUGAUUUUGCCUGCUUUGUUAUUGGCAUGGCUCACUGGCGACUUGCAUACAGCCUCCAAAUAUAAACACUGGGCGGAACCAUUGUUUUUCGUACAAUUUUUAUCAACUUGUUUUAUGGGCUUCAUUUUAACAUACAGUACAUUUCUUUGUACACAAUAUAAUUCAGCGUUGACUACCGCAAUGGUCGGUUGUAUAAAAAAUGUAUUUGUUUCGUAUAUUGGAAUGUAUAUCGGUGGCGAUUAUGUAUUCUCAUGGUUGAAUUAUAUUGGAAUAAAUAUCAGUAUAAUCGGCAGUAUUUACUACACCUAUAUCAUAUUUGCUAAAAAAGACCAACCGACCCCACAAGUGAAAACUAAUCAGAAAUAUAACGACAUGAUAUGAAGAAACCGU